CUGUCCCUCUCAUUUACAGUAGAGAUAUGCUCAUUUCAAAUCUUGUCCUCCUGAGUUGCUCCAAUGAAAACCGGAGCAUCUUCAUCUCCAACACUUCUAACUCAGUCCUUGGUCCUUGUGCCAUCGCUACAGUCUCUGACCUGCACAUCAUGGCAAAUCUCUCUACCGUCCGAUGAAGAUUCCAUUUCACUCCAGCUGCUGCUCUUCUGUCACAGGCAACAAUUACAACUACAUUCUUCAAUGUCACAUUAAAUAAUGACUUUCCUCAUACCUGAUUAACAUUGAAUUCCAGCCAACUAACUGGAAAUCAAGUUGUCAAACCUGCAUGGAAUGUAGACUGACCCACCUCUUCUGCCUAUAAAAGCCCGACCAACCAAGCAGCAGAGCAGCAGAGCAGCAGCCUCUUGAGAUCCUGACAUCAGCCUCCCUGAAGACAACCACCACCUGAAGAACAGCCACAUCAUGAAGACUGCCAUCGCUCUCUUGCUGCUGUCUUGCUUCCUGGCUGCCAGUCAUGCCUUCAGGUGUGAGGAAGCUCCCAGGCAUUACGGCCUCCGUCAGUUUGAUGCCGGACAAGGAAUGUUGGUUGCCACCAACAGAUAUCGAACCCUGAUGCUCACUGGUACACACUGGAGCCUCCUGAGCUACCAACGCCUUCGUCACAUUUCAAUCGGACGUUCUGGGCUGUGGGCCACUGAUUCCAGCAACAAACUCUUCAAAAUGGUGGGAAGCAAAUUUCUGGAGGCCUCAGGUUUGAAGUUGAAAGUGGUGGCAGCUGGAGGGAACGAUUUUUUGAUGGGAGUCAGAGCCAGUGACAACAGAACCGUCUGUGUUCGAGGCAGCUCAGCUUUGCACUACAAAGGUGUCGGCUCUGUGAGCUGGGUUUUGAAGACAAAUAUCAUGAAAGAAAUCAGCUGCGGGCAGAAUAGAUGCUGGGCGGUCGACUCAUCGAAUCGGGUCUAUGUCAUGUGGAAUAUCAACUCCGGCUGUGGAAGUACAUCAUGGGUGCAAGUGCCUGGGUCCUUUAAGUCGAUCAAAGUGGGACAGGACGGAUCAGUUUUUGGACUGAUGCCGCAUGGUGUCAUCUGUGAAAGAGUGGGCAUCACAAAUAGUAAUCCGAGAGGCUCUACUUGGCGCGAGUUCCCCAUGUGCAUCACUGUUGACAGACUCGCCUACGACCUGGGCAGACUUUGGAUCGCCAGCAAGUCAGGUCUCCUCUUGGAGUGCCGCCGCUAGGAUUCACUCUUGUUGCACUGAUGUAUGGCAACAAUGCACCUGAAUCUUCUUGAAUCUUUUUCUUUGUCAUGAAAUCAUGAUGCGGAAUUGUCAGAAAUAUCUACCAAGUGAUUGAAUUUUGAUCAUAAUUUGUUUUUAGAACUGUGGUGAAUCAGAAUCUACCAUGUUCGGGAACA